GUCGGUCUUGGUCAGUCUGGUAUGGUCUGGUAGGAACAUUGCGGCGCGUCGUAGCGCAUUUCAACUCGCAUCUUCGUUGUUUCGUACGAGUUUUUAACACGAACGAGUGUUUCGAGAGUGUGUCGAGCGUUCGUGCCAACAUCCAUCGUGUCGGAUACGAUGUAUGGGUGCGAAGUCGUGUUCAAUCGUGUUUCGCAUCUUCUCCGUUGCCUCGUAUCCCGAGUUUCCGACGAGCGUGAGUACAGAGAGUGCCGAAAACAAACGAGGUGUCGCGCGUUUAUGCCAAGGGUGAAUCAAGAAGAGGAGAAUCGUCGUGAGGAGGAUCUUGGAUCUCAAAUGUUUGGAAGCUGCGGUCGAAACGGAGCUGGACGAAGCGACCAACGGCGAACGAAUCCUCUCAAGCCAAAGUGUAUACGUGAUUGUCAUACCGUCACGCUACGUCGUCUCGUAAAGACUGCCUUAGACUGCCUCCGACUAUCACGAGUAUCACGCGGUCGCGCGGCGCGUAGGAGUAGACGUCCCUGAACGCGCGAGAGAGACGGACCGUCCGCGCG